AUGAAGAACCUUCCAAAGCGAUGUCCAGUAUAUCCAGCACCGAUCUUCGCUCAAAUGAAAGUACUAGUCUUGGAACAAAUCGGAGACGCACAUUAUCGGUUAUUGGGGCUUUUUUGCACCCUGUUUGAUCUUUUCUAUCUGUGCUGUUUUGUUACACAACUGGCACAUGCAAUGUGCGCAGAUGUUCAUUUCGAAACGUCAGUUUUCAGAAAUCUCAGUAUUGACGUGAAUCUUUGUCAAGACGAUGAUACUGGUGGUCGUGGUGCACUCCCACUUAGUGAUAGCCGUGUGCAGGCCGCAGAGAGAGUGGAUAUGUCAAAUAAGAAGUAUGUCGAAAUGGAGAUAAUGGAGAAUCGUGUCGAAGUAUCUUGUCCAGAGUGCGCUGCACAUCUCCAUCCUCUAGAUAUCAAAGCUCUAGCAGGUGGACGAACGGAUUUGAUUGAAAAGUAUGAGCAAUUCAGUGUGCGCCGAUAUCUCAUGACAGAGCCAGACGCGCGUUGGUGUCCUGCUCCAGAUUGCGGGUAA